CACUGAAAACUCACGAAGCGAGAUAAAACUUUCUCGCGCAUCCGUACCGUAGACCGUGUCAGUAUUUUGUGAAAAUGUUAGUAUAUUGUUUAUUUCUCCUUUUGCCUAUUGUGUUCGGAGCAGAGAAAAUAUGUCAAGGAAAUGGUUGCAAUAGAAGAUCUAUCGGGAGAAUAAUUGGAGGUGAUAUUACAGAACCUAACACGAGGCCUUUUCAAGUAGCUCUAUACAUGAGAGUUGGUACGACUGGCGAGCUUGGUUUCUGCGGCGGAGCUCUCGUCCACCAGCAAUGGGUGAUCACGGCUGCGCACUGCUGCUUCCACGAUGGGCAAGAAGUGGACUACAUUCAGGCGAUAUUCGGCGCUCACUUACUGUAUGACCGUUAUGAAAAUGGUCGCCGCAUCGUGAACGUCGCCGAGGUGGUGGUACACCCCGACUUCGACGCUGAAACCUUCGCCAAUGACCUCGCGCUGCUGCGGCUUGCCAAUGUUGUACAAGUUACGGAUACGAUAGAUAUGGUGCGCCUACCGUAUCUGAGUACUGUUUCGUUUAACUUUGCCGGCCUGGGCGCAACUGUUUCCGGCUGGGGUAUCGCUGCAGAAGGUAUAACAUUCGUCUCGCCGACGCUUCGAGAGAAGUUAAUGACGGUGAUGACGGACCCGCUCUGCAACACGUCCUAUUUUAAUCAGCUCCCUGAGAACACUAUAUGCGGGUUUGGGUCGGGCGGUGGCACGUGCAAGGGAGACAAUGGCGGACCAAUGACAAUAUUCUUCAACGCCACUGAGGAAACUAUAUUGGUUGGCGUCGCGUCAUUUGUUAGUUCCAGUGGUUGUAACGACAACCUGCCCUCAGUGUUCACCAGAGUCCAGCGACAUCUCGACUGGAUCAGUGAAGUCACCGGCAUUGAGCUUGAUUGAACUCUUUACUUUUUAAUUUAAUAAAUACUUUUAUUGAGCCUUUAG